AUGAUGGAAUUUCUCUGGAGUUUGGGACCUGGAUUCAGUUGGUUUCGAGAGCAAGAGCAAGAAUGGAGCAGUUUUUAUUAUUAUAGACGUUGUAUCGCGCUCACCAAGGGCUUCCAUCCUUUCUUCUCGACUUCUACUUCCCAUUAUCCCUUCCCCUCCCUCGCAGUCCAUGAUCACGAUCCCGUACUAUCUUUGGGGCGCCUUAUCUUUGAGCGGACGUUGAUCCAUUCAAUUCCCUUGAUUGCCUCGUUCCUCCUGCACCAGCAUUCGGUCACACGACAACAAAUCAUAAGCGCUUUUUCAUGGCCAUUGCUUGUCCAACGUCUAUUGAAAAUGGCGUACAACGCCGUUUCUCAAGCCGACCACGCGCUGGCUUCCGAUUCUGAUGAUUCCAGGAGUCCCUCGCCGCAGCCACCCCAUCAUCCCGCUUCAUUCGAGAAGCUGCCUUUGGACGCCGACAACAUCGGCGCCGGGAGCUAUCUGCAGCGCGCGAAAACCAAUGACCCUGAGGACAACGGUCUAAGGCGCCUUGGAUCUAUGAUUCGGUCAAUGACAACGCCCAAUUACGAUAUGGUGGAGGGAGACGACUACGAAGUGAUAGCCGAUCCGCGUCCGCCAACAGGCCCGGGCCUCAAUAGUGCCAGUAGCCCCAACGUUAGCCCCCAUCGCCCUCUUGCGUCUGCAGCUCCUGCUCCUCCUGUGCCUGUGCCUGUGCCUGAUGUUUCUCCGACCGAGGACCGCGCUGACUUGCGAACACCAACCACUGAGAACUCGGUCCCUCUCAGUCACCCGACCCCAGGAUUACAAUCGCUUCAGGGGGCCUACCUUCAUAAUGUCGAGAGGUUGGAAAAGACAGCCGAGCGAUUAAGUCUGAGCUCCACAGAUAUCGGGAGUGAGAUACGGAAGAUGGAUCUCGAACAAAGGAGGCGCUCAAGCUCAACCUCUAAUUAUCCUAAUUCCCACAGUGUCCAGGAUGGCCAGCCUCACACGGUUGGUUCACGCCGAGGCUCCUUGCAGUCGGUUUCUCGCCUCGCGCAACUCUCAGAACAACAAGCACUCGAAGACCUCCCCGAACAUUCAACUACCACGCAACACCCCAUACACUCCUACCUUCCUCCGCCCCCUGAACCCGCGGCAUACCAUCCAGAGAUGAACGAUCAGGUUGGAAUUGAGCGACCGUCGUCGGCAGCGUCUGGUGACACAUAUCGCCAGGCCAAGAUUCUGUUUACAGACUUCGAUGGCGUUCACUUUGUUCCCAAUGGGGAUCGGCGGUUUUCUUUGACCAGACCCCCGCUGGCCAGCCGGUCCGAGCCAUACAAGCAACCACAGGAAGGGGAGAACAUGGUCUUUUACCCAGCACCCGUGCCAAUGAUGCUCAACCUACCGCCUCGACUCUCUCAGCGCCCAGAUCAAACCGAACGAGAGAAGCGUCGCACACAGCUUCUUGACGUAGUUUCGCCCGAGAACAGAAAAUCAGCACCAUGGCUUUCCGAGCAAAAUCAAAGCAAUGAUCGCAGACGGACCAAACAGCCGUCAGAUCUACCGCCACAACUACGUGCCAGUGUAUUUUUUGAACCGCCUAGUGCAUCACUCGAUAUAGAUCCGGCCCAGACCUCGGCAGUCGCAACGCUUGAUAGCAUCCUUGAUGCUUCCACAACGGCCCCGGUUACCGCUUUUACCGACCAUCCCUUUGCUGGUCAUCUUGGUUCAGAGGUGUAUGGCAGUUCCAAACAUGGGAAAGACGUGUCGGGACAACGGAAGAAGCAGCGACCCAAGAGCGCCCAUGCGCUGGGGCAGCAGCCCUCAAAUUCGAAUCUUCGAUCUAGUACGCUUGCAGUGAAUACUAUGUAUCCCACAUCGGAGGCCCAGGCGGCUGAUACGCAUGAAACCACUUCAUUACGCAGACACGACAGGGAAUCAGGUACUGACACAGACAAUGAUUCCGAGUCAGGGACAGGGAGCAGCAGCGGAGAAGACGCUUCCGAGGAAGAGGAAGAUGAAGAAUCACAUUACAUUGGGCCUCCGGCUACAUUGCUCGCAGAAUUGGAGAAGAGAAAGCACGACCUGAAACAUAGGCGGCGAACCGCAGCCAAUGCGGUUGGAAUGCACUCAACGCUUCUUGAGCUUGAAGCCGUUGCAGCGAAACAGAGUGAGCACAGGCGGCAGAAGCCCGUUGCCCUGGCCUGGGAGAACCCAGAUGGUCCAAAUAACGAUGAAGACGAAGACGAGGAUGUGCCACUCGGCAUGCUUUUCCCCGACAAAGCCCAAGCUGCUGAUGAGACUCGGCCCUUGGGUCUUAUGGAGAAGAGAGAAAUGGAGGAGAGUGAGCCCUUGAGCAGGCGGCGAGCUCGACUUCGGGGUGAGCCGCUACCGCAAGCCCUGGAUCAGCGUCCUAUGACCAUGCAUUCACAAGCGCCCCAAGGUCCUUUCGCUUCCCCUCCAGAAGAUGAAAGCGGCGAUGAAGGAGAAACUCUCGGUCAGCGCCUGAGGCGACUCAAGGGCCACGAACGUAACGUCUCGAAAGCCGAUACCGACUUUACGACCGAGCUCUUGGCCGAGCUCGACAAUUUGAAGGAUGACGAGAACAAGGACAAAGAAAAUGAACCAUCGCAGGAGAACGAAAGUCUAGCUCAGAGACGGGCUCGUCUCAAGAAGGAAGCUGAUGCGAAGCGGAAUUCAGGCUUGAAAAUUCCCCGAUACCGACGGAGUAUGGCGGAUGUACUCCAUGCUCGACGCCCGACUACUGCCGGACAACAGUCUUUACAGCAGGAAGUACCAAAUUCCAAUGGACCAGCUGGCCAGCUUAAUCAUAGAAUGUCCAUGCAACAACUCCCCGUCAGUGCUGGGCCUCCGAAGACAGCAGGAGGAUACUCGCAAUAUCAAGCGCCUAGCAUGGUCGGUCCUUAUGGAUACGGAAUGGCACACCCCAACACAUUUUACAGCGACGCCAUCCUGGGCAAUGGGCAUAUGAGUUAUGCAAUGCCCACUAACGUCCAUCCCAAUGCCGUGCGACAGGGGGUAGAACCGGGACAACGAGAAAUCAUCGAUCGGUGGAGGCAGAGCAUUGUUUAG